GCGAGUCCUCCGCUGUCAGCCCAUCCCUCACCUCUCACCGCCGCUGUGGCCGCGGCCGAGGUUUCCUGACGCGCCUACAACGACUGCACGUACCCCAGGGCAUCACAAGCCGUCGCCCUCUCCACUACUUCAGCUGAUUAAUCUUGGUAUUUGUGGAUAUUCCCUUCUUGUCCAAAUAUACCGACUAGGCUUAUUUUCAUUAUUAUCCGUGCAGAGGCACGAUUUUUUAUUUCUGUGUUCCUAACGCUGUUAAUCAGUCAUAAUUGUGAGAUUAACGUUCAUUCGCAUACGAUAUUGAUUCUUUCUUAUUGUUUGCUAGCGAGUCUAUUGAGUAUAGUGUGAGUUCCCAGAUCAUAGUUAAUCUUCUUCAGUGUGCCCUGCCUCCGUUUUCUUUUCACCGCUCGAGAGAAAACGUGAGCUUUAAUGGUAUACUCACUUAACAUACCACUUUGUUUAUAUAGUUAUUCUUUCAAUAUACCCAUAUCAUUAGGGCAUUCCAUUAUAACCUUAACUUCUAUUACGUCUAAACAGGCACCUUGCUAGCCAUUCUUUCUUGCCUUUUUUUUAGGGUUUCAACGCAAACUAUUCAUUCAUACACGUUCCGUUUAUUGGUUCAUAUUUACAGCUAUCAACAUAUGCUCCUAUUUUGUAAAUGAUUUACGCCAUAGUAUGAACAAAGACACUCUCGCUAAACUCGGCGACACCUUUAAACAGUUGGCUCGUCCUUCAAGUGAAGAGCGACCGGAACACGAUACCACAACCGGUGAAUUUCCUAAGGUAAUCUUAUGUUCAGGCACUCAUUAUUUAUCAAUUACAGGCCGCAGAAUUCGUUCACCCCCGGGUUCGUCUGCAUACUUACAACCCACUCAAGGUUCAAGGACACCCUCACCAGCAUCCCCUCGCACCAGCCGCAGUAUUACAGGCUCAAAAUCAUGAUGAUGCGUUUCCUGACCAUCUUGUUGUCCCUCGGCUCCCUGCUUGCAACAACACCCAUCCACCUGAAGCCUGGUACCCUCACGGCACACAUAGGAGAGGUCUUCCUCAUAGAAGAUGUGCUCCUCGUAAAAUAUCCAUAUACUUCCUUGGCCAACACCACGGACACAAUCAGGAUAGUCUCAGAAAAACUACUCGGCAUGGCAGACGCCAUACGGGCUACCAAGACUAGGGAAUCAAAGGCACCUUCUAGUACCAACUCUCUGACUCUUUUUCAACUACUGGAGGAUAGGAUUCUGUUCUUCCGGGGGAAAGUUGAUGAGGUAAACAUGGAUUAUAGUUUUCACUCAGUUCACUCUCGGGUAAAGAGGGGGUUGCUCAACAUCGUUGGGUCCGCCUCAAAGUUCCUUUUCGGUACGGCUACCGACGAGGACGUUCGCGAUUUGCGGGACCACUACGCUCAUGUACUUUCCUUUGCUGCUCGAAAUCGCAGGGUGAUCAACGCCAAUUGUAGAAAACUUGCGCGAUUGCAUACUAACAUUGAGGAACUGCUAGAGCAGACAAAUAAGAUGGUAGAGGUUAUCAACAUAGUUGUCAAACAGAUCGACCAGGUGAAUCAGUUUCUCCUCCUAGAUCAGGCCUUGCAUGUAUUGGAAAACGUCAUUAACUCCGUCGCAACGGCUAAUCAGCAGGUUAUUAGCAACAUGGUUGAUGCAGCGCACGGUAGAGUCACACCUGCCUUGUUCCCUCUACACGAUUUGAGAACGACUGUCCAGAUCGGGUAUCAAAAUUAUAGCCUAACGCCCUUAUUCACCCCGGACAUGAGUCAAUAUUCUUACCCCUUGAUUGAGUCCAGCCUCACCCCUGAUGCCAUAAUCAUUCAUGUUCCAUUUCAGACGGCGGACGUGUUUGAGGCACACGAAAUUGUCCCGUUCCCUUUUUCAGCAAAGGACAGUGUGUUAGCCCUGGACACGUCCUCGUCUCUUGUUCUCAUCGCGAGGGAUUUCGCUCUGUAUUCAACGGGUAGCUACUCACUCUUGCAGUAUUGCAAGGAGACGGUCUUCGGGCGAUUCUAUUGCUCUGCGUCUCUCUUUGCCUUCCUUCCAGUUCGGGGAGGGGUAUGCGAGAUCGCCCUCACCAGCGUGAACGCGUCUGACGCUCUUUCCCUGUGCCCUUACAAGCAGCUAACACCAACGCCUGUUUUCCAUAAGAACUUUCAGGGUCUGCAUUAUUUUUAUUUCCCUCAGUCAUUCUAUGUAUCGGUCAUCUGCCCGGAGGGUACCACUUAUCAACGGGUUACUGGUCACUAUGCCAUAGCGGAAGCAUGCUAUAUCCGCUCCACGAACAUAACAACGUACCCGUCCCGGAUCCGUCUGGUUUUCACGGCCAAUAUUUCCCAUCGAGUGUUUCCUCUACGGUCUCUCGAUGACAUUAAUUUCUCCAGCAUCUCGUAUGUGAGUAAUUCCCUUAAUUCAUUGUCUUUCGCACACAAAACAGAGUUUGCGGAAACCCUGGAGGAAACGCUGCCUGAUUAUUUGCAUCUCCCCUACCUGUACCCUGGAUUUUUUGUGCCAAUGUUGCUGAUGUUCGUCAGUCUCGUCGUCAUGUGCUACCUUAUUAGGAGAAACUCUGUCCUGCACGAUUAUUUGGUUGUGCAGACACGGCGACUGGAUGCAGGGAGGCCACUGGCAAGGUAGUUUUUCCUUUUCUCAGACAAGUCUGGGGACAGAAACCUGGCUGCUCCUAUACUUAACAUUGUACUGUGUUUCACUACUAUAUUUUUUUUUUAGGAGCUAGAUCAACGUUUCAUUGUCUGUAACUAUGCCAGUUGAUAGCUUCUUAUACAUGUGUCCUUAUAUUUAUCUUUCGAGAGGUUUCUUAUGUUUCAUGUCACAAACGUUGUGGUUUCCCUCUCACUAUUUAUAUUAUAACUCCACAUCUGUUCUUACAUAGCCAGUGUUUUAUUGUAAUUGUAUCAUAGGCAGUCUGCUUGACAAACUCCCGCUAUGUAUGUUCAUGGUAACUAGACUGCUAUUUAGAUUUUUGUAUAUCGCGAGGUCGCGAUCACUGGUAGGUGACCGAGCAGUGUUAUAGUAGGAUAUCAAUGUAUUAUUAUUAUUUAAUAUCACCACGAAUUAGGCAUACAAUUGUCAAUGGAAAAACCCACGACAGAUAGAUCACGCCACCUUAUAGGAAUGUCGUCCGUCAGUGUUUACCGUCUCAGUUUUGUAUACUUCGCACUCCGAUGAUGCGUGGAGGUCACCUUGACAUACGUGACCAAUUGUAACAAUUAUUUUCCAACCUGUAACUCGCGACUCCUUCACGAGAGUCCGACUGACACACAACGACAGUCGCUCUCGCUCCGUCGCUUCUUGUACAUAAAGGCUACGAAUAUAAUUCGCCUUAAGGAAGCUGAAGUCUUA